AUGAAUUUGCAGGUACAUAAAUUAAUUCAUCAGUUUGUUGAUCAAACCUCGAUCCCGCCUAUUUCUCAACCAACACAAAUCGGAAAAAAGGCUAUACCAAUUUUGAAAAAAGCGACAUUUAUAUUUUCCAAUUGUUGGAAACAACCAACUCCAUCUAUCCAUCCGUCCAUCCGUCCAACAAAUAAACCACCCAUUCAAACAACAGAGAACCGAAAUGACAUUGCAUCAAAUCAGUAA